UCCAGGAUGCUCCCAGUACUCCUGACGGGUCUAUGCCUGCUGUUGCUCAGGCCCACUUGUUGCAGUUGCAGCAAUAUUCUGGUAUUACCCGUUGAUGGCAGCCAUUGGAUCAACAUGGAGUUAAUCCUGCGUGAGCUGCACUCCAGAGGCCACAACAUCACCGUGAUGCACUCUGAUAAGAGCUGGUACAUCCCUAAUAACUCUUCCAUAUUCACUUCUAUUCACAUCGACAUGCUGCACGAUGACGACAGGGAUUUCUACAAUAGAAUGCUUUUAAAUUAUAUAGAAUGCCGCAAGUCAUCAACCUUCAUGCGCACCUUUUGUCAAAACAACUUAAUCGGAUCCAUGUUGGAUCAAGGCCACAGGCUCCUCGCUGAAAACACUGCCAAAAUGUUAGAUGACCUUGAUCUCAUGAAGAAGCUCCAAGACGCCAAGUUUGACCUGAUGCUCACAGACCCUGGCUUGCCAGCAGGGGUUUUUGUGGGUCGUUACCUCAAGCUGCCGAUGGUUUUUAAUGUGCGCUGGAUCAAUACUGGAGAGGCCCAUUUCACCAUAGCUCCCUCUCCUCUGUCCUAUGUACCAGUGCCCGGAAGUGAACUUCACGAUGAAAUGGACUUCCUGGAUAGGAUCAAGAAUAUGUUACAUUAUUUCCAAAACUUGGCUCAACAGCACUUCAUCAUAAACCCUUAUUACUCAGACCUGCUUCAGCGUCACUUCCCCCCUGGAACUGACAUGUUGUCUCUGCAGCUUUCAGCUGAUCUCUGGCUGGUAAGAACAGAUUUCGUCUUUGAGUUCCCUCGCCCCACAAUGCCCAAUGUGGUCUACAUAGCAGGAUUCCAGUGCAAAAAGGCCCGUCCCCUCCCUGCUGAUCUGGAGGCCUUCGUGCAGAGCUCUGGGGAGCAUGGGGUGGUAAUCAUGUCUCUGGGGACGCUGGUGUCGGCUCUGUCUCGUGAGGUCACGGAGGCCAUCGCUGCUGCUUUUGCUCGCCUCCCUCAGAAGGUGGUGUGGAAGUUUGUUGGUGAAAAGCCUUCAUCUUUGGGGAAUAACACACUCUUGGUGAAAUGGCUACCUCAGAAUGACCUCCUUGGACACCCCAAGACUCGUGCCUUCGUAGCCCAUGGUGGCACUAAUGGCAUAUAUGAGGCCAUUUACCAUGGCGUUCCAGUUGUGGGCAUCCCCUUCCUCUUUGACCAGUUUGAGAAUGUCAUCCGGCUGAAAGUGCGCGGGGCAGCCCGGAUGGUGGAGGCAGGAUCACUCACAGAAGAUGAGUUUGUGGAGGCUUUGAAAGACGUCAUCGAGACUCCUUCAUAUCGUAACAACAUGAAGCGUCUUUCACUGCUGCACCAGGACCUCCCUAUGUCCCCCAUGGACACCGCCAUCUUUUGGAUUGAGUACGUCAUCAGACACAAGGGAGCCGCCCAUCUUCAGGCUGCAGGUUUUAGUCUACCUUGGUACUCGUACUUCUGUCUGGAUGUGGCCGUUUUCUUCUUAGUCAUUAUUGUAGCCUUUGUCUGGGCUUCAGUUUCAGUCUGCAGGAUUCUCUGCUGCCGGAAGUCCAGGAGAAAGACGAAAGCUGAGUAAUCGUUCUUCCACAGAAAAAUGUGCCACAGAACUGUAGAUGGAAAAGUCUGGUUUGUGGGAAAUGUCAGGAACAUUCAUGAAGAAGAAAAAAAUCAAAACAUCAGAAGAAGACUUUGAAAGCUUUCAAAAGACUUUCAAAAGACCAAUGUUUGACAUCUAAAGACAAUGUUUCAGCAAGUCACAGGGUUCUUAAUCACAGAUUAAAGAUUUUGCAAAGACUGGAGUUCCUGCAGGAUCACUAACUAGGGGACUAGUCAAUUCAUAACCCUAUUUUGGACAGUAGUUAGCAAACAAGCUAGCCCUAACCUUGCACUGGAGAUUUUAAUGGCUACAACAAUUCUCUCCACUUCUUGCCCUUCCUUCUCCGCUCUACUGGUAUAAUGGGAGGACACGUCAAAGAAGCAUUCUUGACUCUUAACAACUCCCCCAGUUUCUCCUCCUUUUCCACACUCCAGGGAAACCACACACUCUCUCGCCUCCUGGUUUUAAGGCUAGCAUCAGCGGACUUUGGCAUAAUAAAGUCAAGAUUAGCAUUCCAUAAAACUUCUGUGAGGAUCUCUUUUUCUGCGUUGAUCUUCAUGGCCUCAGAGGACAAAGGAGUAUGUCUUAUGACUCUGCUGAUUUUGAUCUGUGAGCCUCUCAGCUAUUUAAAGAGCCUGUGAAUGUAGCUUGUGACCACAUUUAUGAAUAUAGAGAGAGUUCUAACUGUUUCACAACUGAUGAGAUAAUACUAUACAACGUGUAACAGUAAAAGUGAAUUGUGAUAUUACAGUUCCAUUACCUUUCAUUUACCUUUGCAAAGGAUUGACGUUUUACAUCUCUUCUGCUCUUUCUGUGCGCAUACUUUUG